AUGCACGGUAGCUUUUCCCAUCACAGCUACAAGCCCACAGUGGGGGCGGACUUCUAUAGCAAAAAGUUGGAUAUUAUCCCUGAUUUGGAGCGAUUCCGAUCACUGGGAGCAUCCUUCUAUCGGGGAGCUGAUGCUUGCAUUCUGGUCUGUGAUGUUUCCCGACAAUAUGGGCUGAAGAAUGUCCUCGAUUGGAGGCGCGAUUUCCUCAAGCAUGCCGAUCCUGAUGAGCCCGAGAAGUUCCCGUUCGUUUUCGUCGCAAACAAAACAGACCUCCCCGAGCAUGCAUUCACGGAGUCUGACGUGGUUGAGCUAAUCACGGAAAUACGCAAGGAGUAUCCCUGCUGUGCCGACUACCCCGUGGUCAUGGCUUCCGCCGAGAACGGGUCGGGAGUACGUCAAGUCUUCGAGCUUGCCGGGACCGCUGCUGUGCAACGAGCAAAUGAGAACGAUCGACGGUUCUCUCCUCAAGGACUUCCGGGUGGGUACAAUAAACAAUGCAGGGAAUUACGCACUCAGUUAGCCACGCGUAUUGAGGGCUACCUUGGAGAGGAUGUCGUUCGCGACGUACCUGUAAGCAUGACAUGA